AUGUCACGACCACAUUACGUAGGGGACUUUGCUACAGACUUCAAAGAGUCCAGGAUACAUCUAGGAAGGGCUAGAGCACGGUACUUAUAUGAAAGUCUGGUUAACAAAACUGAUCUGUCAUUGGAUCUUAACCAUGGUUUAGAAAUAUUUGAAGGCAAACCGGACGAGGACGAACAUCUAGAUGGCCUACUCAAGUACAUCAUGGCAAUAUCAGAACCGAAAAGUGAUCUGAAGAAAGUGAUACACAAUGCCAACGUCGUUUCGUGGCGUGGAACGUUAACCAGGAUAGGAGCGUCACCGUACGAUGCCUCGAAUUCAGAUGGCUGGAAAGUGCUGUGUAGCAUGUUCGAUGGAGUCAUGUUCUUGUGUGAAUUGAGUACGGACUCGAAAGUCAACAAGCGAGGUCAAAAGACUGACAGAGACAAGAGGAUGACAUACUGGGGAUACAAGUUUGAACAGUAUACCACUACCGAGUUACCCAAUGUAAGUUAAGUAACCAUAAAAAUCCUUGGAGAAGAUUUUCCAUAUUAUUAUAUAAACUUUCUGAAAAAUUGUUAAGGAACCCCCAGAAACCAGCUUUCCCGUCUCGACCAUGGCUAAUUACAGUGCCGUGUUCACAUUGGAUUUGGGCAAUCGAGACCGAACCGACAAGUUGAGGAUAUUCACCGGAGCCGAGAUGGACUGUUUGAACGGAAGUAAGGAACAGAACCCACUAACUAUUUAUUACGGUAUGACAUUUCGUGGUUUCAGGCGGAGACUUCGUGGAAUUGAAAACGCAGUUCAAACAACUUGGCAUUGGCCGAUACUGGUACCAGAAAGAGAUGAAGUGGUGGCUACAGUCGUUUUUGGUCGGAAUCGACACAAUCAUAAUUGGCCUGCGAGACGACGAUGGCAUAGUCAGAGAAGUCAAGCCUGUUAAAGUAAAUGAUUUGGCCAGACGACCCAACGGUUGGGAUCCGGCAGUUUGUUUGAACUUUCUCAUAACAUUCCUUCGAGAAGCCAGAUCACAAUUGAAGAAUCAUAAUAACAUAAUAGCAGAAUUCGACCCUCGACAACGAACAAUAUCCUUCAAAAUGCCUCACAGUAACGAGAAACAAGACGCCUUUAUUCAUGAUUUUGUAGAUCACUUCAAGAUAUAA